CCAGUUUGGUGCAACCUCAAACAAAAAAGCAUUGGCAAUUUUAGUAUUUUUGGUGGGAAACGAAUGAAAGUGAACAAUUUUUGUAAUGGGUGUAGUUUACAAUGCCUGAACUUUCAAUAUUUUCAAAAAAUCUUGAACCGAUAGCAAAGAAUCGGUUGUUAGAGCUUUUGUCGUCGUUGAAAAUUGAUGAUCCAAACUGGAUUGACGAAAAUCUUUGGAAAAAAUAUCGUGAUGCCAUUCUAAUUGUUCCGGCAGUGACGUGGCCUAAGCUAAUUGACUAUUUUCAAAAUGAAAAAAGUCGAAAUACUGGAGAACCACUGCAAGUUCAAAAAGAAGUUAUUGCUGCCAUGGAGCAGAAUCUGGAUAACCAAUGGUUUAGGGACUUUAGUGGGUUAGAGCUGACAAGCAACACAGUCGUGCUGAAAGCCAAGGUUACAGCAUCACAAACAACAAACAACUAG